AUGAAAUCCAUAGGACUUAUUCUAGUCGAUACAUCUCCGAAAGGAUUAUGUAAAUCAUUAAUUAUAAAUAAACAUUUUCGUCAUGUUUUAAAUCUAACACAAAUACAUCAUAUGGAAAUUCAGAAACAAAUUUUUAUUGGUAAAUUAAGUGAAAUUCUAUAUUUAUUACCUGAACUUGAUUCAUUACAAAUUUAUUCUUUAUCAUUUUCACAAUCAAUAUUUGCAAGAGAUGAUACAAUGGUUCAAAAAUUAGAAAAAAAUGAUCAAUAUCGAGAAUCUACUUUUUGGUUUUAUAGUGAAAUGUGUAAUCAAUGA